UCACUCUUCAGAGUAUACUCAGCUGUCAAUUGGUCCUUUUGGAUUGAAACCAAGCAUUUGACUUGACCCUUCCUCAUUGACAGACUGGACACAUAAGGGCAGUUUGGAGAUCCUUUUAGCGGAUAGUCUCUUAAGCUCUGCGACAGGUGUAAGUGGUAAUGCUGCAUGUCUGUCCUGGUGUGGUUUAACUCUGACCGUAGACCUCUGGGGUCAUUUAUGGCGUAAACACAACCUUUUGGUGGCUUGCUGCUGUCAAGAUGAUUCCCACGAACUUUGACUGUUGACACCAAAAUGUACCAAGAUAUUUAUUUUUAUUCUGAACAUUUUUCUUCUUUUGGGGGCAUUUGGAGAAAUAAGUAGUUUAUAGUGUUUGUUUUUUCUUCACUGCCUUGUUCACAGAAUGGGACAAAGAGUGAAGUUUAACAUUGCAUUUGUAUAGUUGUUAGUCAGCAAGUUAGAGAGGAUGAGUUAGAGCAUGGAAGUGACACAAGUGAUAAGAUCAAGGAAUCAAGGAAUGUGAAGUCAGUGUGUGUGAUUUUGGAGACUUUAUCUGAAGCACAGAUGAGUCUGGACGAUAUUUCGAAUGCUUCACGUUGUCGCACAUAUGGUCACCACUGUACUGUCGACUGUGAACUUAGUGCUUCCGUUUUUGCAAUGAAUCUCACGGCUUCCCGUUUAUUUCCCAUCAUCCGUGACACCACCCACAGUGCAUCUCCAGCCAUGUGCCAGUGUUUCGCAGUUCUGGAGGAUGGAGUGUUGGCACACAACCUGCAGGAGCAGGAGAUUGAGCAACACUACACCAGCAACGUCCAGAAGAACCAGCUGGUACAGAAUGACAUCCGUGUGGCUAAGAGGCUGCAGGAUGAGGAGGAGGAGCAGUGGGCACAACAAACUGCCGUCGUCCGACAGACUUCCAGACAGCUAGAGGAGCAAGACUUGGAGUUUGCUCGCGUCAUUCAGGAUGAGAUCCAGCGUUGUGCUGAGGAGGCCCGCAGACGAGAGAUGGAUGAUGAGGAAAUAGCUAAACGAUUGCAGGAGGAGGAGGAGCAGAGGAUCAAUGGGAGGAGCAGAGGGCAGAAGGGGGACAGUAGUGAAGGCAGCGGCGACGAUUCAGCUCUGCCGCCUCCCCAACAACACACACUCCGCAGCCUUCAAGAAGGGGAGCAGGGCUCAACCUUCACCACUAGGUGGCAAUCUUCUACCUCUCAGAACCAUUCAGACUCAAAUGGGACUUCUGCUGACUCCCACAGGGGACAAGUAGCUCAUAGAAGCACAGCUUCAUGGUCAAACCAAGGACAUGCACAUUCCAUUAGGCAAAUCAGGCAUGAGUUUAGAGAACCUUUGAGUGAGGAUUCAGAGGACUCGGACACAGUUUUCUCUGAACAGCUCUCUGUCUGGUCCCAGAGAUGGAAUAGAAGAGUCAACACAGCGCCUCCUCAGCGGCAGGCCUCUUUACAUCAUUCCCAGGGGAGAAGCUACAGAAGUCUGUGCUCUCGCAACAGCUUACCAAAUGCAUUCAGGAGCUGGAGGGACGAGAGCGGAGAAUGUGAGGAGGACUAUUGUGACAGUGACCAUUAUGCCAGAGAGAUAAGGCGGCUUGCGAAUCACAAUCAGGAGAGGAGCGCCAGAGAAGGAUGUGAUGGUUGGAACAGGAGUAGAGAUCAGGAUAGAGACUCUCGGUUGGUCAAGGGAAGAGAAAGGCAAUGUAGUCGCAGCGAGUCUGUCAGGAUACAUGAUCGAGUUAGACACAAAAACAGAGACUUGGUAAGAACCUGUAGCUAUAAGGACAAUCCUGACAAACGUGUCCACUUUCAGGACGAGACCAGGCGCUCUAACAGGCACUCAGAUGAAAGCAAGCAAGUGUGGGAGAUGCUAGGCCAAAUCCUGGAGGAGAGGGGUGUGCCUGUGACGUUUGGCGGCGAUGGGGCGCCCCUCCAAAUAAGAUCUCAAAGGAGAGACAGCCAGUCGCUUCAUGGGAGUGAAGUCUCCUACAGCAACUCCCAACCACAUCAGAGAGCCUUCCAGAGAGCUGCCACCACCAGGCACAGUUUCCAUGGAGAUAUCAGGAAGAGGAGGGAAUCAUCAUACCGAGAGAACAGUGGGAGAGAUCACAGAGAAGGCAGAGACAGGCACUGUGAUAAUGUGGAGCGUGAUGGAGAGGUUUAUGAGAUUAGUAGCAGAGGCUCCUCAGUCGUAAACAGAGAAAGGCAGGGCAGUCGAAGGUGGAGAAAUGACGGAUGCACGAAUGGCGACGAGGGGGAGCGGAAUGCACAUCAUCACAGAGUCAAGGGCACAACAAGUGAACGCGGGCAUUGGCACAAGCCCAUAGAACAAAGGUUAAGCUCAGUGGAGGCACAGAAUGUGGAGAGGAGAGUGGAGUGGCCUCCUCGAAGAGCCCCGCAGCGUAGCCAAAGUCUCAGUAGCAACAGGUCUUCAACCAGAGGUAGACCAAGACACAUGUCAGCAGGAGUAUCAUUGCAACUAGACCCGGGUGAGGCCAGUCUGGACCUUGGGGAGUUGCAGCAGGUCCUACAAGAUGAAGAACUCGCCCGCAAGCUGCAGGAAGAAGAGGAGAAACUGUUGAGAAGAAACUCCCAACCAUCUCCACGCAGUUCUUACCCAGAGGGAGAUUUCAGAGUAGCACAAGUGGCGCAGGAUGAGGAAAUUGCACAUUUUAUGCAGAAGCAGGAAAUUAAGUCAAAGCGGAGAUCUCGCGAGCUGGAAGGGCCGUCGUCAUGGCGCGAGCACAGAGCAAUGGUCACUCAUCAUGACAGUCAAGCUGCAAGAGAGAGACAGGUUCAACGAGAGAGGCUCGACUCGGAGGGUCUUCCUUCACACACUGAAGACUGCAGCCCAGAGAACCAGCCGCCCAGUCCCACCUCUACUUUACCACAAGACGAGCACGUCAGGAACAUUGCAGAGGAGCUGGACCCGACCUUCCAGUCCAGGAGACAAGACACAGAGCGCCUCCAACUGGAACAAACCGGUCUAGCCUGUCAGUCGCCUCCAAUGCCACGUUCCGGUUCAAAUGACAUUGUUGUAGAGCCUGCUUUCAUCCCCCCAACAAAGCGGCAAACGGAGAAACCGGCAAGCACUAAACCAAAAGGGAAGCGGGAAAAUUGCAAGCAGCAGUGAUGUCGAGAGCACAGUAUCCUGUUGGGAGUACAAGUACGGGAGGUUGAAUAUUACUAUUCAGAACAAAGUUUUACUGCUCGCUCCCAUUAGCACUUUAGAUCAGUGGCACAAAGAACUGACAGAAGUGAAUAAUGACAUCACUUUGGUCUCCAGCCUUUAUAAUUCUCACAGGAAAGCCGGGGUUUAUUGAAGUAUUUCCUUUUUUUUAAUUUUCAGUGUUGAGUGUUUAAUUUAAACCUUUUUUUUAUAAUUUUACCCUUUAUUUGUUUCUUUAAUUAGAUUCUCAGUAUGUUUAUAUGUCAAUAUCGAAAGUGUGUGAAACGUAUGUGUUCAUAGAGCAGCGGGUAUUUCUGCAAAGUGUGCUUGGUUUAUUUUGUCAACGAAAACUGAAAGGACGCGACAAAGGUCUAAUGAUUGAAUGAAUGUUUCCUUGUGGUAAUUUUAGUUUAGUGUGAAUGUAGUGUAAUUUCUGGAGGGACUUUUGGAUUUGGUUGACACCCUGAGAUGCAUUCUUUGAGGAAGUGCUUAUUAUUCAGCCGUAGCUAAACAAUUGACUAAAUGAGAUGGUGCAUUCCUCUAAUAACCUCUGAACCUAAGAGAUGUGAGUCAGUCAAGACAUUUAUACCCAUGUUUGUUCUCCUCCCGUCAUGUUUACAGUAGCACUACGACAAUCAAUACAUGAAUUUAUUUCCUAUUUAAACACUAAUGAAAUUACAAAACAACCAAACGACAGUGGUUAUCUGAAAUGUAGAAUCAGACAUCCUGGCACCGACGUGUGUUGUGUUGAAGUCUAUUAGACGGUUGCUUCUUAUCGCGUUCCUGGAUUUCAACGCGCACAGUAGGUCACAUGAGGACACCUGCUUCACUCACUGAGCGUAGAGAUGCAUGAUAUAAACCCACUUGAGUGAGUGGUUUGAAGCGGGUUUUAUCAGAUGCACAGGAAUCGUCCUUUUACAAGGAUUUAAUUUUGACACACGACUUUUCUGUUGUCCUUUAUUACUGAGUUUAUUUUGUAUAUUCAUGUUACCCCUGAUUGAUUUACUCACUUCCUUUUUCUUUUUUCACAAAUGAAAUAUGACACUUCCGUGGUGGACCACUAUCAAUGCAACUAAUCUGUUACAAAAAUAAAGUCCAACAAAUUAAAAAAUAUAUCUAUUUUUUUAUUGGUUGUUAAAAAAUUUCAUAAAACUACCAUGUAAACAAAUGCAUGUGGCACAGUAUAAUCCAGUGUUCAGCAUAAUAAAAAAGUAUCGAUGGCAAA